ACAGCCACCUGAUUGUGUGUAAUUCAUUAACGACACGUUUCUGUAGCAGGAGAGGAUGUCGAUUAUAAGGAUUCGGUUCAAUUUAUUGCUCCAGCGGUAGGGUAUAGCUCAACACUGGAACAGCGAGCUUUUUUUUCACGGUUCAGGGCUACUUCCUGGUGCGGCAGAAAGAGGCAGUGCUGAGUUAAAGAGACAGAAAUAGAGAUAGAAAUUGAGAUAGAAAUAUAGAGAGUGGAGAAGAAGGAGUGGGAGAGGAGCAGUAGGCUGGAUUACAGAAGCAGCCCGCUCCACUCUUUGUGUGUAUUUAUAGACUUCUUUUAACGAUUUUUUAUUUAUAACGUAUACAUAUUUAUUGGAUAUUUUUUACCUCUAAGGUUCGGCGUGUAGAGAGGUUCGGAACAAAAUUGUGAGAGGGAUCUUUUUUUUUUCGCAGCGACGGAGGAACCGUCGCACGGAUAUUUUUUUUUUUGCACCGUUUGGGUUUUUUUUAAAACAAAUAUAUAUAUAUAUUCUACAUAGUAUAGUUUUUAUUUUUGUUACUCUAUUUCUUGUAAGACAAAAAAAAGCGAAAAUAGCGGAAGAUGGGUUGUUUAGGCAACAGCAAAACUGAAGAUCAACGCAUCGACGAAAAAGCACAACGAGAAGCGAAUAAAAAAAUAGAAAAACAGUUGCAAAAAGAAAGACAGGCGUACAAAGCCACGCAUCGACUGCUUUUACUGGGAGCUGGGGAGUCCGGAAAGAGCACUAUUGUCAAACAGAUGCGGAUCCUACACGUCAAUGGAUUUAAUGCAGAAGAAAAGAAACAGAAAAUCCAGGACAUUCGAAAAAAUGUAAAGGAUGCCAUAGUGACUAUAGUUUCGGCGAUGAGCACUUUAAUACCUCCAGUCCCGUUAGGCAAUCCAGACAACCAGUUCAGAAUGGACUACAUCAAAAGUAUAGCGCCUCUCUCGGACUUCGACUAUACACAGGAGUUCUUUGAGCAUGCGAAGAAGCUAUGGGAUGAUGAAGGAGUUAAGGCGUGCUUUGAGAGAUCGAAUGAGUACCAGCUCAUUGACUGUGCACAGUACUUUUUGGACAGAAUUGACUCAGUAAGACAGAAUGACUACACACCAACAGAUCAGGACUUGCUUCGAUGCAGAGUUUUGACAUCAGGGAUUUUUGAAACACGAUUUCAAGUAGACAAAGUUAAUUUCCACAUGUUUGAUGUGGGCGGUCAAAGAGAUGAAAGGAGAAAAUGGAUACAGUGCUUUAACGAUGUCACGGCUAUUAUCUUCGUUGUGGCCAGCAGCAGCUACAACAUGGUAAUAAGGGAAGACAACAACACGAACAGGCUACGAGAGGCGCUGGAUCUUUUCAGAAGUAUCUGGAACAACAGGUGGUUACGGACCAUUUCAGUCAUCUUGUUCCUGAAUAAACAAGACAUGCUUGCUGAGAAGGUAUUAGCAGGGAAGUCCAAAAUUGAAGACUACUUUCCUGAAUACACGCGUUACACCAUACCAAAUGAAGCAACCCCCGAGCCUGGUGAAGACCCCAGAGUGACAAGGGCAAAGUUUUUCAUCCGGGAUGAGUUCCUUAGGAUCAGCACAGCCAGUGGCGAUGGCAGACAUUACUGCUACCCUCACUUCACCUGCGCGGUCGACACAGAAAACAUCCGCAGAGUCUUCAACGACUGUCGAGACAUCAUUCAGAGAAUGCACCUGCGCCAGUACGAACUGUUAUGAUUGGGAACAUCUUGGAACCUGUGGUUUUUAAUUCUGUGUUCCUCUCUCUGAAACAAACUAGCCCACACAGGGAGGAAGAGUACUAAUGAAGUGUGUCAAAUCUUCUUUGUUUUUAUUUAAGCCAUUCUCAACCCCAAUUUUUUUUUUGGAAAGGAGGGUUUGGGGGCUAAGUUGUGUGUGCUUUGUUUUCCAUUUGCUUGUUUCAUCAUUUCCUUUCUUGUCAUUCCACUAAGCCUUUGGCUACCUCUGUGUUGCGUUCUUCUUUCCUUUUCUCUGGGCCUCCGGUGGUUUGUUUUGUUCUUGCUGUUGCUGUGUCAGGCCUCGGCCUGCUGACCUUGCCGGCGGGCUAGCGCUGUAGUACAGUACAUCCGUAUGUACAGUACGCGUCGAUCUCCGAGCAGGUUGGCGUUCGCGCGGUGCUCGUCUCUCUCUCCGAGCGGCACCGCCUUCAGACCAAUCCCUGUGUGGGUUUCUGCUGUUCUGUUUUCAACACUGAAGAGUACUUGAUGGGAAAAAAAUGAUAUAAUGCACUUUGCAUCAGGUUACUUAAUACCGCUGAGGAAGUAUACACACAAUGUAGCACCACAAUAUUUAUUACUCUGUCACAGUUUUUAGCGUUCCGAGUUGCAGGUCGACUGAGAAAUAACUGACCUCCUCUUUUAGGCCGUUGAAAGGCACAGACGUAGAGUAGAUAAAAGAGGCACGGUGAAGACGAGAAGCAAUUUUUUCUGAGGUUUUUUGGGGCUAAAAGUCUCUGUGCACCUCAGGCCUUGAGCAGUCGCUGCUUUCAGCCUAUUGUGUCUAGUAAGAAAAACUACCACACUCACUUUGAUCUGUCCACAGAUGAUCCUUUUAGCUUAGAUCUUCUUGGACAAUAGUCCUAUAUAUAAAUAUAUAUAUUAUAUAUUUUUUUUGUUCAUUUUUUUUUGUUCUACUGCUGGUUUAUUAUCUUGUACAGACUGUAAAAUGUAAUAUUAUUUUGUACAACUUUAUUGAAAAAAGAUACUUGUAGAAGAUCUUUGUGCCUUGAUUAUGGCUGUACCUGUAAAAUGAGCUAAGAUGUAAGUAUGUUUCUGAUUGUGCUGUACAGCUUGAUGUCAGCCCUAUCUGCAGGAGUGACCGCAGGUAGGGACUUUCUCUGUAGAGUUUAGUUUUUUUUCUGGUUUAUAAAAAAAGGAAAUGCUCUUUAGUAAAAAAAAAAAUCCUGUAUAAAUUAUGCAAAUUAACCACUUACCUACAGUGAUGACCAGAUGUUGCAGCGACAUGCCUUUAUUUUUUUCAUUUUCUUUUUGAUUCUCAGCUUUAAAACAUUUGAAUCCAUUGAAGUGUCCAAAUUGCAACCUGGUGUUGUUUUACUAGGAACCAAGUUUUUCCGAUAUGAAGUAUGUGUGAGAUAUACACACGUGUCUGUGUGUGUGCAUGUGUAUAUUUAAACAUACAUAUACUCACACAGCUGCAUUAUGUAUAUGUUAAUGCGUCUUUGUGCAUGUGUGUGUGUGUGUAUAUAUAUACACAUGCAUACACAAAUACAGGAAUGAAUGAGAGUGUGUUUGGUAAUUCUUUGGUCAUUCAUAGACCUUCACAAUUGCACAGGCAUAUUGUGAAUGUGUAAGCACCAUUAGAUAGGCUCUUAAGUCCUUGUACCAACAGCAGCUUUUAUUGUGCAAGUAAAUAGUAAGAGAGAAAAAUAAGGUGUAAACCCUUGUGUCUGGCCUGAGAGAAUUACAAAAUGACAUUUUUAUUUCUCUUUUAAUAAAGAGGCACAUUAGAAGACUUUGUUUUAUUUUAAAUAAUCAUAUAAUUGAAAAGUGUGAAUAUUUCUUGAACUUGAAUAAUUUAUGCAAAUUACAUUUCUCAGAAUAAGUUGUGGUACACUGCGAUUUAAAGAAAAAAAGCAAAAAUUGCUUUAGCAAUAAGGCAUGUCCUUUUUUAGUAACUAUUACACUGCUUUAUAUUUUAUACAUAGGUGUUUUAUGUCUCUGUGAGUAUAUCAUUUUCAUGUGUCCGAGAUAACCUGUACAAUUUGUACAAUGUUUAAAAUUACAGUUGCAAUAACAGAAACCCA